AUGCGUUUUGGUAGUAGCAAUGUUAGUGGACAAUAUGGUCGAACAAUUGAUGAUAUCUUUUCGGCGCAAGAAUAUCGUAAUUGGGCAUGUUUUGAUACGGGAAUUAGACCGGAGGAACGACAAUCAAGAUGGUCACAUACAUACGGUGAAAAACCUGGUGCAUCAAUUCGUAGCUCAUCACUUCCAUCAAGGGCUAUGUUAACUGCUACAAAUAGAUUUUCGCUUGGUCAUGAACGUGGUGAUGUAUUAGAUCGAUUACAUGUAUCACCAUUAAUGAAUAGACGGGUACCAUUAAGGAUAGCUGGACCAGGAUUUGAUGUUGAUACUCCAUUAGAUGUUACUUCACUUACAGGAAUUCUUAUUGUACAG